UGUCUGUCUCCUUAUAGGUGGGUUCUGCAGCCUCUCCUCUCCUCACACUCCAACCCUGCUCAUCUCUCAGCUGGACAGUAAGGGCCGUUCACACCACACACUGACAACAUGCUGGGGACACUCUGCACUCUCAUCACUGCUCUAACAUGUGUUCAUGGUGUAAUAGUGUUGACCCAGAAGCCCUCUGUCCAGACCAAGACCACAGGAGAGGAGGUCACUAUGGACUGUAACAUUGGCAGAUUUGAUGGAAACUAUGUCCAUUGGUAUAAACAGGUUCCUGGUGGGGUUCCUCAGUAUGUUCUGAGCUUUAUCGACGAUGACAUUCCUAAAUAUUAUGGCCCAGGUUUCCCCUCUAGUCGGUUCAAUUCUGAAUCCACCUCAGACUUAGAUUAUCAGUUGAUCAUUAAACAGGUAGAGGCAGGAGACUCAGCAGUGUAUUACUGUCAGACAUAUGAUGAUUCUGCUGAAGAGUUCGUAUUCGGACAAGGAACCAAGCUCAUAGUUACUGAUGGAGAUAUUGCUACACCUGCUGUGACCCUGUUCCCUCCAUCCACUGAAGACCUCAAGUCCAGCAGAGCAACACUGGUGUGUCUGGCUAGUAACCUGUCUCAGAGGUCCAAGGGGUUAGCAGAUGUCAGCUGGAUGUCUAACGGUGAAUCAGUGACAGAAGAUGUUUCUACCAGCCCUGCUGAGCAGCAACCAGACAAAACCUUCAAGAUCAGCAGCUAUCUGACCAUUCAGACUGCAGAGUGGGACAAGGACGUGGUGUUCACAUGUAAAGUGUCGUUGGGGUCAACAUUCUCUGAGAAAGAGAUCAGAAAGACUAGUUGUAGUCUGUAAAACAAAAGUUUCAGACAAUCAAUACAACUGGUAGUUUGUUAGAGCUUCAGAAUGAGUUCAGCUGUUAUUUCAUUAGAACUGUUAAGUGAUGUUUUGAUCUUUGCUUUUCUGUUAAAUAUAGAGGGAGUUAAAAUCCUAACAACAUGGAUGAUGUUGGGCUGAAGUCUGAAUGCAGCAGUGAAUAGUAUGACAAUAACCAAUGUAAUGUCAAAUAGUUGUUGAGGGUUGUUUCUCAUGACAAGUUACUAUUGAUGCAUUCACUGUACCAGCAUCAUGUUCUCUAAAACAUAACAUCUGAAAUACUGUCAUGAUGAGUAGACCUCUCUACUAUUGUGAAAUGAGUUGAAUUACUAAUGAUUAAUAGAGGAAUAGUUAGAGCUUUGCUGUAUUGUGGAUAUUCAAUAAAGAGCAUUCUAAAGAACAA